AUGUCGCCAGUUUCUCCAGUCACAGGCCCUUCAUCAGAAGAUGCCCUUCGAACUGAGAAACACGAGAAGAAAAGACCUUUUGUAGACGAGGAUUCUUCUAUGCGCGGGCAGCAUCGCCCUGGUUCAUGGCACCCGUCAAUCCCUGUGGAGCCCCCGCUGAAUUCUACGCAGCUUCGUCCCAUUGGAGUUGACUCGAUCCUGAACCCCCCGACGAAUGCACCACCAGUAUCCGUUCCCCUUCCGGAGACUGGUCCGGAGGCACUGAGAGAUCGGUUCUCGGCAUCUCCAUCUCAUCAACACCUCCCCCCCCAACAAGUACAUCUUCCUUCCCCAUCAACGCACGCAAAACGCUUAUCGGCAUCUCCUGGGAUGAGAAGCCGUCAGAUUAUCGCCCCUGUCUCACCAUCAGCUCGAUUUGUCAACUCGGGGGUCGGGUAUCCCCGAAAGGCGAGCGCUUCUCAAUCUCCGUUGGCGAAAGAGUCACGAUUGGGAUUAUACACCGUGACGCCUGGCUCACCUUUGCCAGUAGAUUCUGUCACUGGUCAACCGAUAUCCGUGGCGGGAUAUCAGCAGUCUGUUCCGGUGUCCGUUCAUUCAACACCGACCUUCCACAGCCGCCGAUCAAGUGCUAACCCGACACCAAAUCCAAGUCCUCAGGAGACAAGCCCUACGACACCCAUCUCGGCCUUCAGCCAGUUCGGGCGGUCGUCUCCUGCUGCCACUGCCGCUUCGGGCUCACAGCCUGCACCGUCGUUCUUGCAUUCCGCAUCACAUACAAAGAUGGAGCCGGUCACUCGACUACCCUCGGUAGUGGCAGGGCACAAGCACGUCGGGGAUGAGCCCGUCGUUGUGGCUAAUUCCCAGGCGGACCCUCCCUUUCCUGGGAUGAUUCCCUGCAUCCUAGACCUAAAGUCAGGCUCCUCGAGUCAAGCAGAGAAGAGAAAGGCAAACAGUGACGCCUCGAGAAGGUUCCGCAAUAGGAAACGAAACGAGUUGCAGAUGGAGCAGAAGAUCACGGCCCAGCAGGAUGAAAUCCGGAAGCAAACCGAAGCCCUACAAAGGCAAGCCCAAGAACUUCGGGUGCUAAUGCAGGAACGUGACUUUUAUCGCUCCGAGAGGGACUUCUACCGUGAGCAUAUCAGUCGUCUUGUACCUUCUGGCCAGGUCCCGGCUAGGCCGGCCUCUCCACGGACCCUUCGCCCAUCUGAACGUGAACAUCAGGCCUGGCCGACUACAGAGACCACACAGCGUAUAGUGGACACGGCAGGGGUGUCGUCGGCCGCCUCAACUACCAGGCCAGUAGGUAGCUGGACCAAUCGAGGGACUCUGGCAGAUGAGCAGCAGGCAAGGUCGCUGCCACAGUUCCCUGGGCCAUGGACACGCGCUUGA